AUGCCUUUAUCAGAGCUAUUAUCCAGAGGGAGAAGUGAUUCGAAUCAAGAUUUCGAACCUUUGAGUGAUUUGGUUGAACUGGUAUGGGAAAAUGGGCAGAUUAUGAUGCAAAGUCAGUCCAAUAGAGCUAGAAAGAGUCCAACUUUUAACAGCUUACCAUCUCACACUCCCAGGAAUCGAGAUAGAGAUUUAGGAAAUGGAAGCAAUGGGAAGAUGGGGAAAUUCGGGUCAGUGAACUCUGUGAUUGAUGAAAUUCCAUUGUCGGUGCCAUCUGGUGAAAUGGGUUUGAGUGAUGAUGAUGACAUGUUGCCUUGGUUGAACUAUGCCCUUGAUCAACCUUUACAACAUGAAUAUAGCCAUGAUUUUAUGCCUGAAAUAUCUGAUGUCACUGCAAAUGAGAUUUCCACCAAUGGAAAUCUCACGCCAAUCGACAAAAGGAGUAGCUCUAGUCAGAUGUAUAGGGAGUCCAACACCAAUUCUACUCCUGGUUUGGAACAAAGGAAUGUGUCGAAGCUUUCUUCAGUAAGUGCUGCUGAGGCUAGCAGACCUAGAACUAGUACUACUCACUUAUACCAGAUGUCAUCACAGCAACCCCAAGCAUCAAUUCCAUCUCUUAGAUCAAUAGCUUCGGAUAUGGUUGGUGGUAACACAAGUAGUGCCGCCCAUCAUGCUGUUUGCAAGAAUUCAAUUCAGGCUUCACCUGCAGGUGGUUUUCCUGGCAUACCAAUGCAGAAGCAAAAUCCACCAACUUCUAGUAACAAUAAUUCAACCAUAGUGAACUUUUCUCAUUUCUCACGAUCGAGUUUACUAAGGGUGGAAAAGAUUAAAAAUAAGGAUAAGGUUUCAGCUGCAACCAGUAGCAAUCCUCCUGAGUCGAUACUAAUCGAGUCAAGCUGUGGUUUAAUGAAGGAGUCAACUUCACAGUGCCAAGAUGUUAUGGCACCCUCCAGUGUUGAUAUGAAACCAACUGCAUCUAAGCCGCUUGAGGAACCACAUACUACUAAACAGUCAGAGGCUGCUGCAUAUCAAGAGGAUCCCUCUAAGAAUGAUGACAGAAACUCCAAUCAUAUUCCUUGUGAAAGUGCAAUUAGGCCACUUCCAGAUGUUGAAAAAACUACGGAGCCUGUGGUUGAUUCUUCUGUUUGCUCAGUCAAUAGUGUGGAGAAAGCUUCAGAUGAUCCAACUCGUGUGUUGAAGAGAAAAUCUCGUGAUACUGAUGACUCUGAAUGCCAUAGUGAAGAUGUAGAGGAAGAGUCUGUUGGCGUGAAAAAAAAGGUAGCUCAUGGUCGAGGUACGGGUUCCAAGAGAAGCAGAGCAGCAGAAGUGCAUAACUUAUCAGAAAGGAGGCGAAGGGAUAGAAUCAAUGAAAAGAUGCGUGCGCUUCAAGAACUCAUACCUAAUUGCAAUAAGGUGGACAAAGCUUCAAUGCUCGAUGAGGCUAUUGAGUAUCUGAAGACGCUUCAACUCCAAGUACAGAUUAUGUCAAUGGGAGCUGGUUUGUAUAUGCCACAAAUGAUGUUACCACCAGGAAUGCAACAUAUGCAUGCACCCCAUAUGGCUCAUUUCUCGCACAUGGGUAUGGGAAUGGGAAUGGGAAUGGGUUUGGGCAUGGGUUUUGGGAUGGGUUUGCCUGACAUGAAUGGUGGAUCUUCUGGUUACCCUAUGCUUCAGGUGCCCCCUAUGCAAGGUGCCCAUUUUCCUGGUUCACCAAUGUCGGGGCAUACUGCGUUCAAUGGGAUGAUAGGAUCUAAUCUACAGAUGUUUGGGCUUCCUGGUCAAGGAGUUUCUAUGCCAAUGCAACGCCCACCCUUAGUUCCCAUAUCAGGAGGGUCCUUUAUGAAGUCAGCUAUAGGACCUAAUGCUUGUGGUGCAGGAGGUCCUGUAGAAAAUAUGGAACCUGCUCCAGGUACUAGUUCAAAGGAUUCAGUGCAGAACAUGAAUUCUCAAAUUAUGCAAAAUAUCAACACCAGUAGUUCCAUGAAUCAGACUUCUAAUCAGGCAACAAAUGAGGGAUUUGGACAGUCUGCAUUGGUGCAAAAAAAUGUUCAAGCGUUGGAUGUUAGUACCAGCAGAGCUAACAGAUCUACUAACGGAAAAGACCAUGUGCUUAGUAGACCAGCUAGUUAUGAGUAACAAGCAGUUCUUCUAUCUAUGGUAGGACCGUAGGACAGAAAUCCUUCGUGCAACAAUUCUGGAGUGGAUCUUUUGCUUGCUUCUGAUCAGAGGAGAUACAUUCACUGAAAGAGGUACCUCCGAGUCGAUGAGGUUGAACCUUUACAAUAACCCUCUGAGUUCUAGUUUCAAGAGUACAAUCACAUAUUGCAUAGAUUUUGGUACUAGCAUUUGUACGUUCACGUUAUAACUGGUGAGAUAAUGCAACGUCUAAGAGUUGAGUAUACCGCAAAUAUGUAUCAGAUUUGUGUUUUGGCCAUAUUUAUAACAAUUCUUUGAAUUAGUGAAAUGAUCAGCUGUAUAG